AUGCAGGAAACGAAGCAGAUGAAGAGCUUGUCGAAAAAGUGAAGGUCAAGAUGAAGACGAAAGUGCCCGCGAAAAAGUGGUAAUUGAAAAAGAUGAUGAUUUGAAUUUUGGCGGGAAAAGUGAAAGGUAUGAUGAACCCUUAAAAAUUGAAACCGAAGCGAGAGGAACGACGCGAUUAUUUUUGGCCUUAAGUGAAGGGGAAGAUAA